AUGUUGGGAUGGGUGACUCGGUGCCUGCCAGGGUUUAGCAUCAUUGGACUAGUCAUUCUGCUAGUGUUUUCUUUUUCCAAUAUUCUUUCAUCGCAGCUCUGGAGAAGUGUGUUCCCACCAUGGGUUGGCCAGCCCUUCAAGGAAGGAUGGUGGAGCGGACUGAAUAUCGCCCAGGCAAUAUUUGUCGUAUAUGCGGUGGUCAUUCAUAUACAGAUGUCCAGUUUCACCCUGCGUCUAGCCUGGUCGAUCUUUCGAGUGACAGCAAAGACAAGAGAAGCUCUAGGGAGACGCCCAACGAAGAACUUCUCUGUCUCGCCAUCGCCAUCUGCCCAGGACGAGGGAUACAGCAGCCAGCCGAUCUCGCCGGUCUCGCUACCCUCUCCAGGCCCAUAUACCGAGAAAAUCAACCUUAUAAACAUAGGAAGCGACCCCAUCGAGGAUGAGUUAAUCCACGCUAUCAUUUUGCCAAAUUAUUGCGAGGGCCUUCACACCCUGGAAACGACCCUCAAGGUGCUGGCCAGUCACCCUCGGGCCAAGUCACAAUAUGAAGUGGGUUAG